AUGGCCGGCCAGGAGCAGAACCAAACAGCCGACCAAGGCGAAUCUCCUCUACCCCGGGAACGGCCGUGGUUGCUGCCAUACAACCGCAAGCUCCGGCACCUCCAAGGCAUCACAAUUCGCAAUCUGACGCUUACCACGCCGCCUUCGAGGCCACGCGGCAAGACAAUCGACGAUGAAGCAAUACCCAGUACACUCAAGUCGCCCACAAAGGUACUGGCGCUGAGAGAAAAUAGGGGCCUGGCGCAUUCCCGGUCAUCGAGCCAGCUAAAGUCUACCGAUGCGGCCCCACGACGCAGCAGUGACAGCCUGCGCGAGCCCACGACUCCUCCUAAGCCCAUUAGACCACCGAUUGGCAAAGGGUCACGAAGACGAAUGACAAUGGAGUGGACCAAUGCGAGCCCAUUGACUCGCCAGAAGAAGCUAGAGGACAUCACGGCAGGGCGCAUGGCAGAUACCUUCUUCACACUCCACGUCGAGGGCUACGAGGGACCCGUCUACAUCUCCGAGGUUGCAGAGAAGGCCAUGAACCCCAACUUCAAGUUCUUCGAUCUUGGGCCGUGUGGUCCCAGCGUAACGCGACUCAAUAAGCUAACCGUCCGAGUAUGGGCGAAGACUGAAACGAUGGAGGGCUGGCAGUACCUCAUGGAGUACACCGUGCUGUUGAGAUCACUGCAGUUCAUUGGCAAGACACUGGGAAGAUUCAGGCAUCCAUUGCCCCCAAACUGCAUACUGUUCCAUAUGACAGAUGGCAUCUAUACCAGCUUUACCGACUUGCCGGUGCAGGAGCGAGCGCGACAAGACGUCCUUGCUCAACCAAAAAUACAUCCAGAUGGUCGCGUUCUUACUUCGUCGUCAUAUGAUGCUCUGAUGCGGUUGUCGACGCUAGAUGACUGCAUCCAGGAUGCCUUGGCCACGAGAGAUCGCAUCGCUGACGAGAUUGGGAGCAUUUUGGAAGUGAACAAAGACGCAAUCAGUACGGUCGAACAAGUCCCUGAAACCGAAGAAAACUUGAAGACUGUACAAGACGCUGUGACGGCGGAGAAGCGUCGGGUCGUGGCUGUCAGAAGGAGGCGAGACGAGCUACAAGCAAAUAUAAAGAAUCGGAGGGAGAAAAUGCAAGCCGGUCGAGAACAGCAAUCUAGGGUUGAUGCCAACUUACCCGAGUACAAGGCGAAGCACAGUGAGAUACAAGAGCUAGCAGUGAGGCUCGAAGAGGACAUUACCGGGCAGCGAAGGCGAAUAUGCGAAGAUCUUCAGCGCAUAUUUCCAAUCGAGCCGGUACCAGGCAAAUCGCUUGCAUUUACGAUACGAGGCCUUAUGCUACCCAACUCAGCAUUCGACGAUGCGAAAGAGGACGUUACAUCUGCGGCUCUAGGCUACGUUGCUCAAGUCAUCAGCUCGCUCUCGCCUUAUCUUUCAGUCAUUCUACCAUACCCAAUAUCCUUACAUGGCUCCACAUCUACCAUCGACGAUCCGCUCGCUAUAGGCCAAAGCAAGCAAAAUAACCUCCGCACGUACCCUCUCUACAUGAAAGGUGUAGUGCGCUAUCGCUUCGAAUACGGCGUCUUUCUUUUGAACAAAAACAUCGAGAUCUUGUCAAAUGCUCUUGGGCUACGACCUAUGGAUAUUCGGCAUACUUUGCCCAACCUGAAAUACCUUCUCUAUAUCGCCACUGCCGGAAAAGGCGAACUACCGGCCCGGAAAGCAGGUGGCAUCCGGGGACUACUACGACAGGAUGGUGUUCUUUCUAGGACAGGCAGUAUGAGUAGCACGAUUACGGCAAGCAGCUCUGGUACGCCCACUGCUGAACUUAGGAGAAACUUGGAGAACACUGGGAAGAAGAUGGACCAAGCCCCAGCAAAUAGUCCUGUGUCUGCUGUAGGGAGUCUGAAGCAGAAGAUCAACAUCCACCCUGCGGGGAGUAGACUAAGACCAGUUGGAUGA